UUUAACAAUUAUAACUCAAAACAAUGCUAUCUAAAUUGUUCAACCAAACUCUAACCUAAAAUACAAAUGUCGUACAGCAGAACAUGCACAGAACAGCAACUGCACACAACUUUCUAUAUCAAUAACAACAACAAUAGCAACAGCACCGCCCCCUCAAAAUGAAUCCCGCGUCCUCCUCUGCACUCCAAUUGGCAUCGAUUGUACGUAAUUGGAAAAUGCACCAGCAGCAGCAGCAACUGCAACAACAUCAACAGUUACCGCAGUUUGACCCUACUAGUAACGGCACCAGUCGCCACCGCGAGGUGAAGCAAAGAAAAUUGAGUUCACCUUCGGAGGAAACGACCGUCUCGAGUAGCGAGUACUACGACGACGACGACGAAGAUCACCCUGGGGACUACCGCCACGAGGACGUCCACCAGGAGCCCCCAGGUUUGCUAGUUGGCCACCAGGUUGACACCAGUGGCUACCAGGUGGCAGCAGCAGCACCACCGGCCUACAUUCCGAUACGAACGUAUCAGAGCAAUGUCAACAAGUACUUGCUCCGGAACAGUGCUAGCAGAUUUGGGCCACAACAACACCACUUUCAAGCGCCAGAUUCACCGUCGAGAUUUUUGGGAGCCCGAAGUGGCCUGCACAGUGCUUACGGCGGAGGCGGCGGCGGCAACGGCUACUUGGAUCUAGGGCGUCCCAGCGCUGAACAUUGGCUGUCUGGGGGAGGUGGUGGAGGUUAUCGGGAUCUAGUGUCAACAGCGAGAGAACCUCGAAGGAGAGAAAGCUUCCACGCUGGUAACUUUGCGAUGAUGUCGUCCGAAAUCGGCGCAGACGCAGAACGCGUCGCCCUACCAAGAACGCCCCCCAAUCCAACCGGUGGUGGGGGAGCUGAUGGGGGUAAUUUUACACAUACCAGUGCACUCGGCAUUGGUGCCGCCGGAUCGGGAGAGAACCAUCGACCCUCUUCCCGAGGUGGUUUACAAACAUCAACCCCGAGUAAUGGAGUGUUCGGUGCUCCAGUUAGUGUUACAUCAGGUGGCAAUAUAAACGGACCGAGUGGACAACAACAGGCCGCGAACGCCAUCAACAACAAUAAUAACAGUCACAUCAACGGUGGUCAGCAAAAGGAGGCCAACGAAAGUGAACCGUCCAGUAGUGGUGGACCUCCGGGACCCCCCGCGCUUCCUCCCAAACCGAGACCGUUAAUCAAAAGCAAAGAAUCGGUGUCACCGUUACCGUUGAAGCGAGCUGGCAGUGUCAAACCGACGACACCGACCAAUCAGCGUAGUAUCGGGGAUGCCAAUGGCAAUGGUGCGGCCAGUCCGACACUAGUGGAUGGUGAUUCUCCCGUGGCGGUCACAUCUCCAGCUGAUGCAACAAAUACAGCUGGCGGAUUAUCACGGAAUCCAAACGUUCCGACGCGACCGAUCGCUGGUGUUCCAAAAGCUCGCGGCAAAGCAGGCGGUGGCUGGAAAGCUCGUGGUGGUGAUUUCGAUUCCUACAAUAACAACUAUCAAUCGCCAACGGACGACGACGAGUCCGCCGCGGGACAGAUCAAUCGGAACGUGAACCCGGUGAUAACUAGUAACGUGGUUGUGAAUCGCAAUAAAAUCGGAUCUAGUGGUGGUGGUGCAAUCGGUGGUGGAGGUCGUGGUGGUUGGGGUGCUAACGCGCGUCGUCAAACGGUGGCCACCAGUUCCGGCAGUCGGGUACAGAGUCCAUCCGCUGCUGCUGCCGGUGGUGCUAUCGCUAACGGUAUCGCGGCCGGUGACAAUCCAGGCAGUGAACAAUUGCCACUAAAACCGCAAACUCCUACCGGUGGUGGCGAUCCCUCGCGGAUCGAUCUUUCCUUCGAAAACAUUCCCGGGCCGUCCGGCUUAUUGCCGCACAAUCCGGGCGUACCCGGCACAAUCGGGGGCAAUCCACAGUCUCGGUACUCAAACCUGUCGUUCUGGAAGGCCCGGCGGGUGUUGUUCUAUCGCAAUGGCGACCCCUUCUUCCCGGGUGUCGAGUUCCGCUUCAAACCGGGACGUGACAUUUGCACACUGGAGGCGCUCUUGGAUAAGCUGUCCGCCCGGAUGGACCUUCCCCGGGGCGCCCGCUACAUCUUCUCCAUGGACGGCGACCGGAAGUACUCGCUAGAGGAACUCGAGGACGGCUCCAGCUACGUGGUGUCCUCGUUUAAAGUUUUCAAGUGUCCUUUUUUCGAUAAUGCCAUGUCCAGGGGUGAUCUACUCUACAACACCUGGCCCGCAAGUUAUGGUAAGAAGAACGGCAUCUGGUACGCGUCGCCCGGCAACCAGGGCUGGGGUGGUGGGGCAGCGGGUGCCGCAGGUGGUGGAGGAAGUCGCCUGAGUCGGAAGCCCUCGGUGACCGAGGUGGACAACAUGCCGUCCGGCAGUUUGAAGCCGAGUGCCGGCCGGGUCAUCCGGAUCAUCAACAGCCACGAUCACAGUGUUCAGUGCCGUGUGCUACUGAAUCUUCGCACCUCGCAGCCCUUCGAGGAGGUUCUGGAGGAUCUGGGCCAGGUGCUGAAGAUGCUUAGCGCCCGAAAGAUGUAUACUGCCAGUGGUCAGGAGGUUCGGAGUUUUUCGCAGCUUCGCAACGAGUUUGCCGAGGUAGACACGUUUUAUCUGUGCAGCACGCCGACGCUUCCGGUGGGGGCCCUCGGGCCGGGUGUUCCGCCAUCUCCGCGACGCUCUCGCUCCCGGCUUGGUGGUUCCGUGCCGGAUGAUCUGGGCAAAACCGCCCGGCAGCGAGCCCGCAGCAAAAGCAGACCCCGAGUGCUGUACGCGCCCGAGAACGAACUGGUGCGUGCUUCCUCCGACUAUCCGCUGCUCGAUUCCCUCAAAGAAGAACCUACCCGCAUCACGAUACGCGGCCUGCGCCGGACCUUCUAUCCACCGAUGCACCAUCCGCCGGUGGAUAAUUCGCCGCCGGACAAGAAACUAUCACUAUUCUGGGUACAUGGUUAUCGCGGAAUCGACUCCAAACGCAACCUUUGGGUGUUACCUUCCGGAGAACUGCUCUACUACGUAGCGGCCGUGGCCAUUUUGUACGACCGCGAAGAGGAAGCGCAGCGACACUACACAGGGCACACCGAAGAUAUUAUGUGUAUGGAGGUGCACCCUUCGCGGGAGCUGGUCGGUUCCGGGCAGCGUGCCGGCCGGGAUCGCAAAUCACAGGCCCACGUGCGCAUUUGGAGUACCGAAUCCCUGCAGACGCUGUACGUGUUCGGCAUGGGUGAACUGGACUCGGGCGUCCUAGCGGUGGCCUUUUCGCAGCUUAACGGCGGCAGUUACAUCCUGGCCGUGGAUGCCGGCCGCGAGAGCAUCCUUUCCGUCUGGCAGUGGCAGUGGGGUCAUCUGCUGGGCAAGGUGGCGACCCUGCAGGAAGGUAUUUGGGGCGCCACAUUCCACCCCCUGGAUGACAAUCUAUUAAUUACCCACGGGAAAGGUCACCUCGCAUUCUGGCACCGUCGAAAGGAUGGAUUCUUCGAGAAGACAGACAUCAUCAAACCGCCCGCAAGAACCUUCGUAACGUGCGUGCAGUUCGAGCCGGACGGCGACGUCAUCACGGCCGACAGCGACGGAUUCAUCACGAUCUACAGCGUCGACGCGGACGGAGCGUACUUCGUGCGCAUGGAGUUCGAGGCGCACAGCAAGGCGAUCGCCUGUCUGGUGAUGCUGUCGGAGGGCACACUCAUUUCCGGUGGCGAGAAGGACCGCAAGAUCGCCGCCUGGGACUCCCUGCAGAACUACAAACGAAUCACCGAUAUUAAGCUACCGGAAUCAGCCGGAGGAGUUCGUACGAUCUAUCCACAGAGGCCGGGUCGCAACGAUGGUAAUAUUUACGUGGGUACGACCCGGAACAAUAUUCUCGAGGGAUCCUUGCAGCGCCGCUUUAAUCAGGUCAUAUUUGGACACGGUAAACAACUGUGGGCAAUGGCGGCUCAUCCAAACGAUGAAGUGUUCGCCACGGGUGGUCACGACAAGUACGUUGCCCUCUGGCGACGGCACAAACUAAUCUGGACAUCUUCGGUGGGCUACGAAAUCAUCUCGUUAGCCUUCCAUCCUUACGGUGCAGCCCUGGCGGCGGGAAGCUCCGAAGGUCAUUUGGUGGUUAUCAACGCAGAAAAUGGAGCAACCAUGCUGACGAUUCGGGUUUGUGGAUCUCCACUAAACUGUGUAGAGUUCAAUACAGUGGGAGACAUGAUCGCCAUCGGUUCUCAAAACGGAAGCAUCUAUCUGUUCCGUGUAUCGCGCGAUGGCUUCUCGUUCAAGAAGAUCAACAAAAUCCGAGGCUCGCAACCGCUGACUCAUCUCGAUUGGAGUUCGGAAGGUAACUUCCUGCAAUCGACGACGGUGGACUUUGAUCUGCUCUUCUGGGACGUUAAGUCACUGUCACCCGAGAAGAGCCCUAUCGCCAUGAAGGACGUCAAAUGGUCAACCAACAACAGCACCGUCGGAUUCUUGGUAGCGGGCAUGUGGAACAAUAGGUACUACGCUACGCCAGCCAACACCAUCAUAUCCACUGCCUCGCGAACAUUCGCCCAAGAUCUGAUCACGUGCGGAGAUACCGAUGGCUAUCUGCGCCUGUUCCGCUACCCAUGCAUAACUCCGCGGGCCGAGUUCACCGAAGCCAAGGUCUACUCGGGCACGAUAGCCUGCGUCAAAUUCCUGUACGGUAAUCACAGCCUGGUCACGGUCGGUGGUACCGAUGCGUCUCUCAUGAUCUGGGAGCUUAUCGAAGAAUAGCCACUGUGGCCACCGUGGCGUUCAGGUGCCGCGCCACAAUCCACCUCACCAGGUAAUCCCACUACUCCCCACACUAGCCUAGUAGCAAAAAAGCAUCAUCCAGCAAAAGUUAAUCCUCAAAAAGCUCCCAAAACUCACAUCACAGCCACCUCACCGAAUAAUGUCAGUCAAAAAAAUCCUCUCAGUAACGAUAGAAUCCUCCAAGAUUCUAGCGCUAUCAGUAUCAAUCCUAAUCCAAAUCAACCACAACCACCCCAACAACAACAACCAUCUCAACCACCACCACCAUUACAACAAACUUCUACGGUGGGUGGUGUAGGUGGUGUCGUCGUCGUCGGAAAACCGGCCGAUGAACAGCGGCCAAGCCUUGCCACCAUUACUACUACUACUACAACUAUCAACAACAACACAUUGGAAAACACAACUACAGCGGAAACUGCAAACGGUACAGCUGAUCAAUGGGUAUUUAUGCAAAAAGAGGAGGAGCGCCCAUUUACAGCCGAUGGUACCGAGGAGGAUGAGCUAGAGGGAGACGAAGGAGAUGACGAGGAGGAUUCGGACGAGAGACGACGCCCGUUUUCGGUCGGACCCGGAGCGAUCGCCGGAGAAGAGCGCCCGCGACGACUUCGCAGUCGAUCGUCCCGUCGGGCUCCUCCCAGUGUCCGCGCAGUGGCUGCCGUCGAGCCGUUCCCCGCUUCACCGCUGGAGGAUGACGAACGGGAGGUCGAGUAUGCGGUUCUUCUUCCGGACUCGUUCGCCGUUCUAGACUCAUCUUUCUGAUAAUAGUGUUAAACAGCAAACACGAGAAACACACCCUUUUUUGUACACAGGAUACCUUUGACAGUAACCCAUGCAGUUGUUCACUCUGGAAGCCAAGCUUGCUUUGAUAGGUUUUCCCAGGUCAUGAAUAAACCAUUCAUAGGGUAACAAUCUUCCUAUUUAGAUAAAAAUAAAAGAGCAAAGCAGUUGAUAGAAAGUCAUAAAAAAAUUCGUUCUAAACUGACGAAACAGUGUAAAGCAUUUUCUAAAAACAACAAAGAUCACACUCACAAAAUCACCAACACGCGCACAUUUACACUUACUGUUACGGUGCGGAACUUCUUUUACUGAUUGUUUAACUUUAGAGAUAAAAACAGUGUAUAUUGACAUUUAAAACUAAACCAUUCGACUGUUCAAAACCAAAGGUCACUGAACUGUCAUAACAAACCCUUAAAUUUGUAGACGAAAUGUUAUUGGAAUGUUACUCAGAAAAACUACCGACAUUGAACGAUACCCUCACAUCUCCCUGGCCCACUACCAGUUUAACACACCAUAAAAAUGAACAAUAGGAAUGUUUCUGUUGAUUGUCCUUAGUCAGUUCCGAAUGAGGCGGUGGAGUCACCUCUUUGCUAUACUCAUAUUACGGUUAACUGCAAAGAAGAGUGUUCUCCAACUAUGAGGAAGGUUUAGUUUUUAGAUUAGUUACCACUUUCGGCAGAUGUGCGCUGGAACGCACAAAACUUCCGCUUAGUUUUUCUUCGUCGUCGUUUACUCCUAUUCCGGGAGGAACCUCAACAAUGAUACGAACACGAAAAGCAAUAUAGGUAGCAUUCAGUCUCAAGUUUAAGGCGCUGAAAAUUAUUUGUGAAGAACAAUGAGAAUAUUAAAGUUCUAUCACACAGUUGCCUAUUACUUGAGCUGUUUGAGAGGGCAACUCGAUUACAGUUAUUGGCCAUAGAGUAGCACCUUGGAUAUCAUUAAAAUGAAAUGUUUAAAACCACGCAAACAAGUUAAGUAUCAAUGAAAACAAGAAAACUCGUUCUCUUUUGUAAACAACGUCAACUGAGAAUAAUACUGCCAAUAGUCGUAAGGAAACACAAGUUUUUUGUAACAGAUUGUUGAAAAUCAACCAAAUUAUGCAUUGUUUAAGAACAAACAGAUUGUAGGGAAUUCUACCAAAACAAAACUUAUAAAAAAAAACAAACAGCUUAAAAAAGGGUCUCACAACUUUGUAGACUAGGAUAAAUUGGAAGGUUAGCGAAUAUAAUAUAAAACAAAAAAUUGAAAACAAAAAAAAACAAACAGGAUUGGUGAUAAAUCUAUUGUGGUUCAUGUUCGAAUAAGCGAAAAUUUCUCUCUUAGCUGUAAAAUUUGCUGGUUGUGAUGCAAAAAGUAUCUUCGUUGAGAAAAAAAAAUGUUAUGAUUGAUUGGUGGAAGAAAAAAUACCUGUUUGGAACAGUAAACAAUACUUGAAAGAGUAGUGAUUAAAACCAAAUCUACCAAUCAAUUAAAUGUAAAACGAUCGGUGUUCAACUUUGGAAAAGAAUAAAAAUUGAAUUAACCGUCAGGCGCCGUAGGCAGAUUAUAAUGCUCUUUUAUUUGAUUGAUUCGUAACGAGUAGAAUCGUUUCCCUCAAAAGUUCCAUCUGUUAGAAUUUUGUAAACAAAAAAAAACGAUUAUUUGUCGCUAUUUCAGUGUAGAGAAACAAAUCUGAUCUCGAAAGAUAGCAUUUCGUCCCCCAUUAAUGUAUGUAUUUAAAACCUACCCAUGAUAGUAAAGCUCUGUACAUUCAACAAUCCCCAUGUUAACUUUAGCAAGAAAAUCAUAAACUUGGAAACAGUCGAAGCAAAUGGAACCAAACCAAACUCUCUACGUAAAACUAAAAUGAAAACUAUUUGAUGCGACCUAUACUGAUGAUUGUGGAAACAAAUUGAAAAGGAAACGAGGAGGAAAACCAGAAUCUUAAAAUUUCUAACUAUACAAUACUCUGAAAAGUGGAUGUGAUUGACCCACGAUUGAACCGCGAGCUAGCCUUAUCUGGGAACCCUUUUAUAGGAAAAGACACACAAACACACAACACAUACACACAAACAUAAAUGAUUCCGUCUGUAAACUUAUCAAAACAAAAGAAAGAAAACAUACCAAGAUUCCCCUAAAUAAAAACUAUAUUAAAAUAU